UGCGGCCCCGGUGUAGUAGCGGGGGCGGCGGCCGGGGGCAGCGCGGCUCCUUCCCUUGUUGUGUGUGUCGGUGCCUCCUCGCCAUCUUGUUGCAAAGCCCUUUCUUGUCGGCGGGACUCUUGGGGGCCGCGGGGCGGGAGGCAUCAGAAGGGAGCAAGAGAGGGAGGGGAAGGAAGAAAGCAGUGCCGCCUUUUUUUUGCAUCAGUUUUUUUUCAAUUUGCAAAUUUGUAUUUUGCAAAUAUUUUGGGAGACAUUGAUUUUUCUGCCCGUGCUCCCCCCGUUCUUUCCUGUGGAGUGCGCCGCGCCGCCCAGCCCUGUCGCCCCCCGGAGGUGAUCCCUCCCUCCUGCCCGCUCGCCAGCCUGACCUGUGCCUGGCUCGCGGGCCGCAGCCUCGGCCCCGGCGCGCCCCCGGCCGCUCUCAGCGCGAUGAGCAUAGAGACGCUACUGGAGGCGGCCCGCUUCCUGGAAUGGCAAGCACAGCAACAACAGAGAGCACGUGAGGAGCAGGAGCGUCUUCGUUUGGAAAGGGAGCGGGAGCAGGAGCAGAAGAAGGCCAGGCUGGCACAUGCCCUGCCCUUGGAAGAACCCCGGAUUGAGGCACCACCCCUGCCCCUAUCUCCCCCUGCACCCCCACCAGCACCCCCGCCCCCACUUGCCACUCCCACCCCACUGACUGUCAUUCCUAUUCCUGUAGUGACCAAUUCCCCCCAGCCGCUGCCCCCUCCCCCACCACUGCCCCCUUCAGCUCAGCCUCUGCCCCUGGCACCUCGGCAGCCAGCCCUGGUCGGCAACCCUGGACUCAGCAUUAAGGAACCUGCCUCGCUACCUACCAGGCCUCAGGUGCCCACUCCGGCUCCCCUCUUGCCGGACUCGAAGACCACUGUUGGUACCACUGGUAGCCCCAAGCCUCUGCAGCCCCUUCCCACACCUAUCCUGACUAUAGCGCCACACCCGGGAGUCCAGCCUCAGUUGGCGCCCCAGCAGCCACCCCCGCCUACUCUUGGGACGCUGAAGUUGGCACCAGCGGAAGAAAUCAAGUCCAGCGAACAGAAGAAGAGGCCUGGGGGGAUCGGAACCAGAGAAGUCCACAACAAAUUGGAGAAAAACAGGAGGGCCCAUCUGAAGGAAUGCUUUGAGACCCUGAAGCGCAACAUCCCCAACGUGGACGACAAGAAGACCUCGAAUCUGAGUGUGCUGCGGACCGCGCUGCGGUACAUCCAGUCCCUGAAGAGGAAGGAGAAGGAGUACGAGCAUGAGAUGGAACGGCUAGCACGGGAGAAGAUCGCCACACAGCAGCGGCUGGCAGAGCUCAAACAUGAGCUUAGCCAGUGGAUGGAUGUGCUGGAGAUUGACCGUGUGCUCCGGCAGACAGGCCAGCCUGAGGAUGACCAGGCUUCCACCUCAACAGCCUCUGAGGGUGAGGACAACGUAGAUGAGGACAUGGAGGAGGACCGCGCAGGCGUGGGCCCACCCAAGCUGAGCCAUCGGCCCCCGCCGGAGCUGCUGAAGUCUGCUCUGCCUCCCCCCAGCGCUGCCCCAACGCCUCUGCCUCCCCACCCGCACCCGCACCCAGUGGCGCUGUCUCCUGCCCAUCUGCCCGUGCAGCAGCAGCCUCCGCAGCAGAAGACCCCUCUGCCAGCUCCUCCUCCCCCUCCGGCCACCCCAGCCCAGACACUGGUUCCAGCUCCUGCUCAUCUGGUGGCCACAGCUGGGGGUGGCUCCACAGUCAUUGCCCACACAGCUACCACCCACGCCUCAGUCAUCCAGACUGUGAACCAUGUUCUGCAGGGGCCGGGUGGCAAGCAUAUCGCCCACAUUGCCCCCUCAGCCCCCAGCCCUGCUGUGCAGCUGGCACCUGCCACGCCCCCCAUUGGCCACAUCACCGUGCACCCUGCCACCCUCAACCAUGUGGCCCACCUCGGCUCACAGCUACCCUUGUACCCGCAGCCUGUGGCAGUGAGCCAGCCUGUGGCGGUGAGCCACAUUGCCCACACACUCUCACACCAGCAAGUGAAUGGCACGGCUGGGCUGGGUCCCCCAGCCACCGUCAUGGCAAAGCCAGCUGUGGGGGCCCAGGUGGUGCACCACCCCCAGCUGGUGGGCCAGACAGUGCUCAACCCUGUGACAAUGGUCACUAUGCCCUCCUUUCCAGUCAGCACGCUCAAGCUGGCUUGAGGAUGGGCCACUCAGAGGCCCCCAGUGGGGGCAGGAGGGGGCACCUGUCCCCCAGUCUCCCACCCACCAGCUCCACACAUUCCAGCCAGGCCCAUGCCCGCCCCACCCACACCACCCCCAGGCCUCCUAGGGGAAGGGGGUGCAGAGACUCUGAGCCAGGGG